UUUACCACACAACGUGAGGUUUGCGUUUCAGCGCGGUACGGAAUGAAUGGGGGGUCGCGCGCAGAUGUGGGGGGUGUCGAGCGCGCGCGCGUUCACGGCGGCAUCAUCUCGCGCAGCACCUUUCGCCCACCGACAUCACUUCAUUUCACUUCAUCUGGACUUGUACAGCAAAAGAAGCGUUUAAUAUACAAUCGCGCGGAUCUCGUGCAGCACUGCGAGGACAUUCCUGCCGCGCGCGUGACGCGUUUCCAUGGAAAAUGGCGAGAUGGGCUCACGCGUGGAUGAUGCUGAUGGUGAUGGUGGUGUUCAGCGGAUCGUGGACCGCAGUGGACGCGCUCACAUUUCCACAGCAUUACACGAUGAUGCACUGGGCCCGGCGCAUUGAACAGGAGAUUGACAGAGUCCUGCAGCACGUCAGCGGAGCUCAACAACUCAAGGGGAUCUACAAUGAGAAGAGAAGACAGUUCAGUCUGGUGAGAAAUAAUCCACGAGACAUCGUCGAGAAAGUGGCGGCGGACAUUGAGAGACUGCUGGCCAAAAAACGCAAAGCACUAGAGAAACUGGUGAGUGAAGCGGAGCGUCUUCAGAAAGAUCAUCAGUGGCAGGAUGGAAUCAAGGAGGAGAAUAUUGAAUAUUAUAACUCUAAAGCAGAUAUGGAUUAUGAUGGUGAAGACAUCGAUUCGCAGUCAUUGAAACUGGAGUUUGUGUACGACCCCAACUUUAAUAACCAUGUGAAUUACUCUCACACCGCCAUACAGAUCCCCACAGACAUCUACAAAGGAGCUCCAGUGAUCCUGAAUGAGCUCAGCUGGACUCAAGCGUUAGAGAGAGUUUUCAUGGAGAACAGCAGAGAUGAUCCAUCGCUGCUCUGGCAGGCGUUCGGCAGCGCCACCGGGGUCACACGAUAUUAUCCAGCGGCUCCCUGGAGAGCUCCGGAUAAGAUCGACCUUUACGAUGUCCGACGGAGACCCUGGUACAUUCAAGGAGCUUCAUCGCCUAAAGACAUGGUGAUACUGGUGGACGUGAGCGGCAGUGUAAGCGGUCUCACACUGAAACUCAUCAAAGCGUCCGUCACUGAAAUGCUGGACACGCUCUCCGAUGACGAUUACGUCAACGUCGCCAGGUUUAAUGAGAAAGCGGAGGCGGUGGUUCCCUGCUUCAAGCAUCUGGUUCAGGCAAACGUGCGGAACAAGAAGAUCUUUAAAGAAGCCGUUCAGCAGAUGCAGGCCAAAGGAACCACAGACUAUAAAUCUGGAUUUCACUUCGCUUUCAAUCAGCUGCUUAAUCAGACAAACGUUCCCCGAGCCAACUGUAAUAAAAUCAUCAUGUUAUUCACGGACGGAGGAGAGGACCGAGCUCAGGACAUCUUUGAGCAUUACAACUAUCCCAAUAAAACGGUCCGUGUCUUCACGUUCUCGGUGGGGCAGCACAAUUACGAUGUCACGCCGCUGCAGUGGAUCGCGUGCGCUAAUAAGGGAUACUAUUUUGAGAUCCGCUCCAUCUGUGCUAUACGGAUUAACACCCAGGAAUAUCUGGACGUGCUGGGUCGGCCCAUGGUUCUGGCAGGCCCGAGUGCCAAACAGGUGCAGUGGACCAACGUCUAUCAGGACGCGCUGGGUCUGGGCUUGGUGGUGACCGGCACGAUGCCCGUCUUUAAUCUCACAGUGGAUGGAAACUCACAGAAUCAGCUGAUCUUAGGUGUGAUGGGAGUGGACGUUCAUCUGGAUGAGCUGAAGAGACUGACGCCGCAGUACAGGCUGGGAGCUAACGGUUACAUCUUCGCCAUCGACCCGAACGGAUACGUGCUGCUCCAUCCAAACCUACAGCCGGAGGAGGAGGAUCUACCAGAGCCGGUGACGCUGGACUUCCUGGACGCUGAAGUAGAGGACAACAGCAAGCAAGAGAUUCGCAGGCAGAUGAUUGAUGGACGAACAGGAGACAUGACCAUCAGAACACUCAUUAAAUCUGUCAACGAGCGCUACAUUGAUGAUGUCGUCCGCGUGUACACCUGGACGCCCAUCAAUGACACAGAUUACAGUCUGGGUCUGGUACUGCCUCCGUACAGUGAAUACUACAUACAGGCUGAUCUCAGUGAUGUCAUGCUACAGCUACAGUAUUUACAAUCACUGCUGCCCAACUCUUUCGAGUCUGCAGGUCACGUGUUUCUAGCGCCCAGAGAAUACUGUAAGCGUCUGCAGAUGGCGGGGAACAACACACAGUUUCUGGCCGAUUUCUUAUCUCUGAUGGUGGAGAUCACACCUGAAUCUGAAGACUGUGACCAGGGUCUGAUUCACAAUCUGAUUCUGGAUUCGGGGAUCCUCUGGCAGCUGGCCACACGCGUCUGGCAGAACAAAGAUCUCAACACCUAUGGAUUUCUGGCUCUGUUCGCAUCCACCAACGGAGGCGUCACCCGCGUUUACCCCAACAUGGCGGCGGAGUCAUGGGACGAGGAUCCCGAACCGCUGAACUCAAACUUCUACCGUCGCAGUCUGGACAACAAGGGUUACAUGUUCAGAGCUCCCAUACGCACAUCGAUGGAGGAUCAGUUAAUGUCAGAGAACGGUACGGUGGGGAUUCUGGUCACCAGCGCUGUGGAGGUCGUGAUCGGAGGAAAAACCAUGAAACCCGCAGUUGUUGGUGUGAAGCUGGAUUUAGAGGCGUGGGUGGACAAGUUCAAGAUUUUGGCCAGUAACGUGUCAGACAGCAGACAAGCUUCACAUAAGUGCGGCCCGUCCCGAUCCUGUGAGAUGGAUUGUGAAGUGAACAGUGAUGAUUUGCUGUGUUAUCUUCUGGAUGAUGGAGGUUUCCUGGUGAUGUCCAAUCAGAGAGAUCACUGGAAGAAGGUGGGACUGUUUUUCGGUGAGGUCGAUCCCUACCUGAUGUACGCCCUCUAUAACAACUCAAUCUACGCCCGGCACCAAACCUUCCAGUUUCAGUCAGCGUGUGAGCCCACGGCCAGCAGCCACACGGGAGCCGCGCACAGACACUUCUACGUGCCGUCGAUCGCUGAUGUUCUCAAUCUGGCCUGGUGGACGUCCGCAGCCGCAUGGUCCAUUUUACAGCAGUUUCUGUAUGGACUCAUGUACAGCAGCUGGUUCAGCUCAGACAAGUUUGCAGAGAGCUCCGAGACUAAAGGCAGCAGCAGUUGUGUGACGGUUUACAGUCAGUUUUUCUUCACCAACACCACAAACUCAUUCAACGUUCUGCAGGACUGUGGAAACUGCUCCAGGUUGUUUCACGCCAAGCGGAUAGAAAACACAAACCUGCUGUUUGUGGUGGCCGAGACGCUUCCCUGCAGCUCCUGCGAGAUCGAGAAACUGCUUCCUGUCCGAACAAAGUCUCAAGAAGAGAACCCGUGUGAGGUGUUGAACUCCGCACGCUACAGGAGAGGACCCGUCAGCUGUUUCGACUACAGCGCUGAGGAGAACCCAUCAGAGUGUGGCCACGCCCACUCCCUCCACUGUCCAAUCAGAGUUCUGCUCUGGAUUCCGUUAUCGUUGCUGUAUCUCAUUCUUCGGUCUUAAUCCAAGUCCUCUCGCUCACUGCCGCCAUCUUCACGUCCCUCGCCGGCUCUCUCCCGAUGUUUUCUUGCUCUCAAAUUUAUCGCAAAGUGCAUUCCAGCUGAGAGCAGAGCAUCAUGGGAAGACGUGUCUUAACCCCGACCUUGUGCAGAUCUGAAACGACUUGACUGUCUUAACUUCACCUUUGUAUUUGAAAAAUAACUAAGAAGAAAAUUCCGUCAAAAACCUUUGCUUGCCAAAAACAGGACAGGACCUGCUUUGUUUUGAACUGCGAAACCGCAGCGGAGAUUCAACUUCGUUCACUUGGAUUGAGUGCCAAACCCAGACGUAUGUGGAGACACAUCAUUCGGAAGCUUCCCUGCUAAGAGAGAAUAACGCUUAUUGUUACACCGCUAGUUUGGUUUUGUUUCUUUCGAACUUUGUUGAAUGUUUUCAUUUGCUGCCGGGUUUGAUACCCAACAGUGCCUUGAGCACUCGUCUGAACGGAGCGACUUCAGCGCUGACGAUGUUUAUCUGCUGGACGCUGAGAGAAUGAUUGAGAAAGAUGCGGUAUUGAAUGUUAGCUUGAUACGUCCGGGCUGGUUUACGGUUUAUAGGUGAUUAUACCAUGGUCUGUUUGAAUCCUCAAUUCUGAUUGGGCAUUAAAACCCUUUAACGCACGGGUAGCUCCAGUCAAUUUGAUUAAAUUUGAAAUUAACUGACAUUAACUAAUCAUUUUCACCUAUUUGAUCUAAAAUUACACUGUUAACAUCAAUAAAAGCUUUAACUGAGCAAAUAACCAUGGUAUAGCGGGAUAAUCCACAGUUAGCCGUGCGUUAAAGCCCUUUAAUGCACGGCUAGCUGUGGAUUAUCCCUUACAUAGCACAUACAAAACCAAGAACAUGUCCAGAUCACGUUCCAAAAUCGAACAAAAACAAGAACGUAUUUGCCGAGAACUUAAAAUUAAGACAUUAAGAAAGAAAAGUAUAAAAUGAACAACAAAAUAUUAAAAGUUCCUGUUUUGGCAGCUCAACCAAUGUGAUGCAUUGCGAUAAAAGAGUCCUUAAAGAAAAUGUUUUAAUAAUGGCUUCACUUCCUUUAUGCGUAAUAGUCUUGUUUUUCAUUUUUGGGUGAAAUGUAACCUGGACACGUUCUCGGUGAGAUGGACCCGAGCAUGUGCUUUAGUGUCGAGCUUUACAGAUGUUGUCUGUCGAAAGCCGUCUUCGUUGUUUUCUGUAAAUAAGUUGAUUAUUCACAGAGUUUCAGUAGUAUUUCAGUGUGUUUUAAUGGAAUGGAAUGCAAGCCGAUGCUUCGCUGUCCCGCUGCAUGCUGGGAAAUGAUACCUGCUAUUAAAUAUGCUCACUUCAGGACUCGUCUCCUGCCGUUUGACCGACACGUUUCAUCAUUAUUGAGUGCUUUGAUGUUAUUGAAAGACUCUUUAUUUAUCUUAAGUAUUAAUUUAUUUAUAUUAAGUUGAUCGGAGAGAUGCGGUAUGUGUGUACUUAUUGCUUGCGAGAUGUUUUGGACAUUUUUAAAUACAAACGUUUGGUUGCUUUUAGUAAUAUUAGGUAUUUUAAAGGUUCGUUUAGAAAGAUGUUUCAAGUACCAAAUGAUUCAGAAGGAAGAGGGUUUGGCUUGAUGUGUUUUAUAUCGUAAUGGCUUGAGCAAUACUUUGAAAUCAAUUCCGCAGUUUUGUGUAAAGAGAGCAUGACGUGGGUUUACAGCGGCUUAUUUUUCAUGACUGGUUAAAGCUUGUCUUUAAAUAUUAGCUUCAUGUUUGCAUAUGAGAUAUCGGUAUUAUUUAAUGCAAGAAUGAGUAUUUAUACUAGUGUCUUUAUGUACAAAUCUAUUUAAGUGUUGCCAUGAAUUUAAUGAUGUCAAUGUUUCGAUUCUGGAUUUCAUGCAGACGUUUGUUAUCUUUGUGAAAGGGGUUUUUCUCUUUCUGCAGUCUUCCAUAUCACUGCAUUUUGUACAGAUGGCACAUGUCUAUCAAGAAAGGCUGACUUUGUAUCAUAUCGUGUCAUUCACUUCCGGGAAAUGUUUCUAUGAGAAUUGGUGAGAUAAAGACAUUCAUAUUUUUCACGUCAACCUGCUUUGUUGUUUUGGCUUCGUUUGUACUCCACAAAUAACUUGAGCAC